CGACAGUUUGGUGGCAACCGUCACUGUCGAGCCUUUGUCAGAGCUCUAACAUGUGAGAAAAGAUACCCGUUGGCCUCGUCUGUUGGCCCCCUCUCAGCCACCACGAAGGAGUCAGAGGGUGUGAGGAAGUCUCUUUGAGAGCAAAAGCACUGAAUGCAACACCCAUGAUCCCCGAUAGCAGCUCCCCUUACAGCUGUCUGCCUCGCACAUAAAAUUAGACCCCAGACAGUUGUAACGUAGCCUCCAGCAGGCAGAGACAACUGGAGAAAUACUCUAGAGGAUGGAACCAAGUUUUGGUCCCAGUCUUUACUUUGGAAGCUGUACAGGCUGCAGUAAAGCGGUAUACGGUGAAGGGAGAGCCUGUCGUGCGAUGGGAUGUUUAUUCCACGACACUUGUUUCACCUGCAGCGUUUGCAGUGAAAAGCUCACAGGAAAGCCAUUUUAUACAGUCUCAGGAAGAAUUUACUGCGAAGAAGAUUUUAAGUACUCAGGCGUUCAUCCAUCCUCAGGAGUGUGUAACAGCUGUGGGUGUUUAUUAAUGGACAUGGUCUUGCAGGCUCGUGGGAAGUCCUACCAUCCGUCCUGCUUUUGCUGUGUGGUCUGCAGACAGAGCCUGGAGGGUCAGCAGUUCACUGUGGACGCAGAGAGCAGAGUGUACUGUGUCAGCGACUACCACAAGCUCAAAGCUCCUCUAUGUGCUGCAUGCAGAGAGCCGAUAGUGCCAACUGAGGGGUCUACAGAGUCUAUUCGAGUGGUAUCAUUUGACAGAAAUUACCACCCAGAGUGUUACAGUGGUGAAGUAAACCCAAUUUGAAGGCUGGUGAAGGUUGACAUGCUUGUAUCGUUUUGUUUUUUUUCUUGCAUUUUUGUUUUGUAAAUGUAAAACUAAGAAUACAACAUUUAAGCUAAUGAAUGUGUAGCAUUUUGAACAAUUUCCUCUAUGCAAUAAAGUCACUCCAAGUUUAAACAAUGUCCUGAGUUUUUUGUUUGCUCUUAGUUUCUUGUUUUAGUAGUCAGUAUGAAAACAGCAGAUUAAAAAAUGUUUUACUGUAUUUUGGUUAGACACCCUAGACAGGAACUAAAGAUGAAAAAAAGCCUUUUGGAUAAAUAUCACAUUUUUAAAAAACUGAACUAAACCAAUGAUUAACACUAUCAUUAAUAUGCAAUAUAACGUUUGUUC